CUCGAGGAUAAGGUACGCUGACGAACCCGCCUGUAUGGUGCUCUCUUGGUAGAAAUGAGCGGUUUAUUCGAAGACGCACUGACUGGGCAUAUUUGAUUUGAAAGGAACGGUGGGCGGGCAGCCCUGGUCACUGCCGGGGGUUAUAGCUGGAAAUCCGCGAUGAGCUGUCAGUUCGAGAAUCGCCCCGGUUGAGUAAGGUUCCCAAGCGUCUGCUGCGUGUUCUCGAAAAACAAUACAGGAAAGUACCCAAGUCGCCGAACUUGGUGGGAAAGUCCCCCGCUGCUUCCGUGUCUCUUUACGCACUAGUUGAAACUUACAGCAGUCAGACGAGCUUGAAUCCACAUUCAGAGGGAGUCAGUCAUAACCUGGUGUUUACACCCUUCCUCGUCUGCGUCGGAUUUCUCACAGUGGAGCCGGUGCUUUGCGGCACCUUGAGUACACGGAGUUGGUGUGCUGAAGUCAACAAAGAAGUUCCCAUUUUUAAUAUUUUUAUUUAUUUCAUUUUUUUUGGAUGUCGAUUAAUAUUUCAACAAUGGAAAUCUAAAUAUUAAAACAAGGGAUGUUCAUUUCUGGGAGAGAGGUUUGAAUAGUUUAAUACUUUACCUUUUUACAUAGUAUAAAAUUUGAAUCUGUUAUAAUUUGUGCUUGUUAAAUUAUGUGCAGACUUAAAAGACAUACCCCAGUUUUUACCAUAGUCCCUGCUAAUAUUCAUUUAAUAAACCACAGUGUGAGUGAUCCAGGCUGAUGUUAAAUGGUAGCUGUAUGUUAGUCCCUCUUUUAGUUUUAUUAGUAGCAUCAGUAAUUUGUUUAAUUUCCUGUUAAGAACAGAGUUCUCAUAGUGUUGUGUAACUAGUGUGUUUCCUAUUAGAAUCCAGAUGUCUUGAUGGAGAAGGCAUCUAUGGCUAUACUCACUGAAAUAAUGAGAACAAAUGUUAGACAGAAUGACACUCAAAAGAAUACACCAUAUUCUUUAAUUACAUGUACAUUUAUUCAUUUUCCUAAAUUAAAUCUAAUAGUUUAUACAUAUUUCUAUUUAUUUAUUCCACAGGGACUAAAAAUUCAAACCUCUCUCCCUGAAAAGGGCAUCCCUUUUACAGCUUCUCAAAUGGAAAUUUUACAAAACAGUUCAUUCUUAAGGAGCCUGUGCAGCAGCAGUACCCCAGCAGAUUUGCUCUAUGAUAACUCUUCCGAACUGUUCCGAAUCUCCACGUUUGCCAAAUUCCCCUCAACUGCAGCUGUUACAGAGAGGAGUCUUGCCCGUGCAGGGUUUUUUUAUACAGGCGUUGGGGAUCGUGUCCAGUGUUUUCGCUGUAAUGUCACUGCAGACAAUUGGCAGUCAGGAGAGUGCCCCACUGAGAGGCACAGACAGCUCUCUCCUUCUUGUACAUUCAUCAAGAGUUUACCUUCCACCUCUAGCCUUUUGUCGUCUUCCCACUCUGCAUUCUCACCUCUGCGCAAUUUGCCAGUUUUGCAAGUAUCAUCUUCUGCUACCAACACUACUUCCUCUUCUUCUGGGCAGCCAGAUGAACAAGGGGGCUACUUCAACAUGGGGUUCACAAGUCUGGCCCCGGCUAGUCCCCUAAGCUCCCGUGGUGUGGAGGACAUGUUACAUCAGCGUCCACCCACCUGUCACAACCCAAGCAUGUGCCGUGAGCAGGAACGCCUAGAUACUUUUCAGAACUGGACGCUAACAACAGUCACUCCUGCUGAUCUAGCCAAAGCUGGCUUUUAUUACUUGGGACAGGGUGAUCGAGUGGCCUGCUUUAGCUGUGGAGGACAGCUCAGCAAUUGGGAGCCUGGUGACAGGGCAGUAUCAGAGCAUCAGAGGCAUUACCCCAACUGUCGCUUUGUGAGAGGAGACAGAACUGAAAAUGUUCCUAUCACUCCUGGUAGUCUGGUAAAUGUGUCUAAUCCAGCCAUGCAGCAGUGUGAGGAAAGACUGCUGACAUUUGUCAACUGGCCAACCAGAAUACCAGUGCGACCAGAUCAGCUGGCAAAAGCUGGCUUUUACUAUGUGGGUCGCAAUGAUGAUGUGAAGUGUUUUUGCUGUGAUGGAGGACUCAGAUGCUGGGAGUCAGGUGACGAUCCCUGGGUGGAGCAUGCCAAGUGGUUUCCAAGAUGUGAAUACCUUCUGCAAGAAAAGGGCCAAGAGUUUGUCCAUCAGAUUCAAGCUCGAUUUCCACGGUUGUUUGAGCAGCUCUUGACAAAUGGUGACGGUACUUCACGGGAGUUCACUGAUCCACCAGUGGUGCACCUUGCGCCUGGAGAAGAACGUUCAGAAGAUGCAGUUAUGAUGAACACUCCUGUGGUGAUGUCAGCCUUGGAGAUGGGGUUUGAUCGUGCUCUGGUCAAACAAACUGUGCAAAGCAAAAUUCUCACUAGUGGCGAGAAUUACAAGGCUGUUCAAGAAUUAGUGUCAGACCUACUCAGUGCUGAAGAUGAAAAAAGGGAAGAGGAGAAGGAGAGGUUUGCAGAGGAAAUGGCCUCAGAUGGCUUCACAUUUUUGAAGAAACAUCACAUUGCCCUUACUCAGCGCUUGAAGAGUGUUCAAAGCUUGAUGGACCAUCUGCUAGAGCAGUCUGUAAUCCUCCAGCGGGAAUACGACACCAUUGCGAGCUGCACUUCAGUCAAGCAACAGACCAGCCAGCUUAUAGACCUGGUGCUAUCAAAAGGGAACGCGGCAGCUGAGGUGUUCCGAAACUGGAUCCAAAAGAACGACGUAUACCUCUUAAGAGAACUAAUGGCCCAGUCAAAUGAAGCUGUGUCACCGAGUCAAGAUCUUUCAGACUUGCCUAUGGAGGAACAAUUAAGGAGACUGCAGGAGGAGCGUACUUGUAAAGUGUGCAUGGACAAGGAGGUCAACAUUGUCUUCAUACCCUGUGGGCAUCUGGUGGUGUGCAAAGAGUGUGCACCAUCAUUACGCAAGUGCCCUAUCUGCAGAGGGCUUGUCAAGGGCACUGUCCGAACUUUCCUUUCCUAAUCUUUCAUUGAUUAGUUGCAUGUAGUUGUUGAACUAAUACUCUAGCAAACAAUGCAUUUCUAGUCUGCUUUUCUGUUCUGUUUCUUUCUAACAGUGGUAAUAUUUAUU